UCAAAGCUCGAUUCAAGCUCGAGUUUGACCGAACUCGAGUCGAGCUCGAGCCCAUAUUUUGUCUUGUUGAUAUUAGCAGAUAAUCUGGUGGAGAAUCUCUUGGGAGAUUUUGAGUAUGAGGUGCAGGUCCCAUAUCUGUUAUAUCGAAAUGCUUCUCAGGAGGUCAAUGGAAUAUGGUUCUAUGACCCACAAGAACGCGAAGAAGUUGCAAAUUUAUUUAGCAGGAUACUUAAUGCAUAUUCUAAGGUGCCUACAAAGUCAAAUGUAUCUUCUACAAAAAGUGAGUUUGAAGAACUGGAGGCAGUUCCUACAUCGACAUUAAUAGACAGUCGUUUGGAGCCACCUUCUUCUACAACCUCAAAUAUCACAGAUGUCCCAGAUGACCGUUCCUCCAUGAAACUUCUUCAUGCUUUGCAGGUGUCGAUGAAUAUCGGAGACCAUCCAAACACAUCGAUCCCAGGGCAGUGGUACCACUCUCCCUCAGCCCUUAUCCCGACAUCUCACCCGCAUGUUAUUCCCAUGCCCGGUUUACCGGCCUCCCAAACGCACCCCAACUUACUUGCCUCGACCCCUCUAAUGUCCAUUCCCGAUAGCACAGAACCCAAUACUGCCACCAAGCUCGUGAAGCCAUCGAAUUUUUUCAGCCCAGCCGCUGUGUCAUCUUCACCGGUUAUCAUACCUCCUGUCUUGUCGUCUGUGCACCAGAUUGGGCCCCAUUUGAAUCCCCCGGAGAGUCUGCAGAGACCUUACGGUGCACCCUUGCUCCAGCCCUUUCCACCACCAACCCCACCACUGUCUCUUACUCCGAUUUCUGUGCCACAAUUGAAUUAUGGGCUGGCAAUUAGCAGAGAGAAAGUUAGGGAAGCACUUCAGGUGCUUGUUCAGGAUAAUCAGUUCAUCGACAUGGUUUAUCGAGCAGUGUUGAAUGCGCACCAGUCAUGA